UGUAAGUAGUCUGUACCGAUACGGUAUUUUUUUAAAUUAUUUAUUCAUUUAUGUUAGAGAAAAUAUGUAUUUAAUAAAACACGCGUAUUUUUAAUGUGCUUGUCCAGGGACAAAUCCCCCCCCCCAAAAAUACAUUUCAACUCAUGUAAGAAUUGCAUCAGAGCGUUUUUCCCCACCCAGUGUUCAUAUAGAGCCCUGUGAUUGGUGGUAGAUUGUGUGGUUUUCCGGAAUGCGGGUGGGAAAAAACACAAGCACAGUUAUUUAGGAAGUGACCAAGGAGCCAAUCAGGGAUCAUUUUCUACAAUGCUUCUCCAAUCAUAAGGCAUUUCACAGCAAUGUUUACAUUCUUUACCCAAAACUUGCACCAGUUACAUCAGUCACUUUACGAUAUUUUGUAAUUAAUGAUUGAUGACUAGUGAAGAUAAUCAAUUAUAAAAAUGAAAAUUAAAAAGUUUAAAAAAAAUAUGUUAUGGCAUGUUAUAAAAUGUCCAGAAAUUCGGGGUAAUCGCAGGGUUUGUUAAUGUUGUCCAUCUUGGAAACUCCGUGAAAGUUUACAGUUGUCCAGGCUCGUUCAGUAGUUCUAAAGACAAAUUCUGUACAAGCAGACGCGUGAGUAAAAUCUAAAUGUUUAGAUUUUCCUGUAUAGCAGGAAUACACAAUUUCAACAGAUAGUCGACAGUUUAGCUAAUUUUGUAAAUGAUUGUUUUGUUUGUUUGUUUGUUUUUUUUAAGUUUAAAAUAAGCCAGUUGGUUUUGUGACUGUACAUCAUUCCCUUCAAAUGCUAUUGAGCUUUAAAUUAUGGUAUAUUUUGUGUAUGGGCCCAUUCUGUCGUGAAAUACAUGUGUAAUUUACAUAUGAUUUAAUAGCUUAUUUUGAUAAAUAUCAAAAAUCUAAAAGGUGUGCAUCAUACCUGACACCUAGAUGAACACUUUCCAGUUCGUUAUAUGACUGAUUUAGUGGAACAGCAGGAUGUCCCAGCAUGCUUUUCUCUCACUGGGGGCCAAGGCAUGGCGCUGCCUGUCCUGCCCCAAAUCUCAACUUCGCCUGGACCUGACACUGGGAUGUGGGCAAACUUUCAGAUGGCACGAGACAGGGGAAGGCCACUGGACAGGAGUGAUGGGGGGACGAGUGUGGACACUAACUCAGACGGACGACACUUUAUGGUACCAUGUAUACAGACGUCACGAGGAUCCGGAUCUCGUUAACGGACGGAAAAGGAAAAAAGCGGAGAACUCCCAAGACUCAGGGAAGAAGCUUAAAGAAAUGGCUGACGUGAAGGAGGAAGAGGUUGAAACGAGCCUUUGCGUGUUGACCUCUGAGCAGGAUCACAAAGACGAGGAGGUGCUGAGAGACUAUUUCCAGUUGAGUGUUAAACUGGAGGACUUGUACAAAGAGUGGGGUGAUGCAGAUCCGCACUUCAGCCAUACAGGCAAUGUUUUCACAGGAGUGCGCAUGUUGCGCCAGGACCCUGUGGAGUGUCUCUUCUCGUUCAUCUGCAGCUCAAAUAAUCACAUCUCUCGGAUUCAGGGGAUGAUCGAGCGUUUGUGUAGCACACUCGGGACACCACUCUGUGAGCUCGAUGGCACACACUAUCACGACUUCCCCUCCAUUGAGGCUUUAGCAGAGAGCAGCGUAGAGGCACGGCUACGGGAUUUGGGUUUUGGCUACCGAGCUCGUUUCCUACAGCAAAGUGCACACAUGAUUAUGAGCGAUCAUGGUCCUAAGUGGCUCCAUACACUACGUAACACCCCCUACCUGCAGGCCAGAGAUGCUCUCCUUACACUCCCUGGUGUUGGCCCAAAGGUGGCCGACUGUGUGUGUUUAAUGUCAUUGGACAAGUCUGAAGCCGUCCCUGUAGACACACAUGUGUGGCAGAUUGCGAAGCGCGACUAUGGCUAUGCUGCAGGAGGUAGACAGAAGACUCUGACCAAUAAAGUCUACAAAGAGAUCGGGGAUUUCUUCAGAAAGCUUUGGGGAUCCUAUGCUGGCUGGGCGCACUCUGUUUUGUUCUGUGCUGAUCUAAAGAAGUUCCAGAAGCUGAAAGAAAUCCCGACCAUAAAAGAAGAAAAGAAGCCAGCAAAGAUGGGAAAAAAAGAAGAAAAGAAUACAAACUGUAAGAAGAGAGUGAAUGUGAAAAAGGAAGGAGGAGAUUAAGAUCAACAAUCUGAUCUACCGCUCUUUCAAACAAAACUCUUUCACUGGACAGUUUUCUUUUGACUGGAAGAAAAACUCAGGGAUGAAAUCAAGUUUUAAGUAUCGGUGACUGCUUGUGCUGCCAGAAAGCACGUUGAAUUUUGGUGUAUAUCAGACUUUAUCUCCUAAAGGAAACUCAAUGUACAACACAGCUAUUGUUUUAGAUGGGAAAAUGGUUUUGUAUAAAAUAAUCUGCAAAACAGUUAGUCCAUUACAGUGGGUGCAUGUGUGUCACAGACGUGCUGACAUUUACUGUAUAGCUGUAGCAUUUACAGUUUAUGAGUACUUGCUACUGAAAUACGGGAGACACCUGAAAACUACAUUGGUCUGCUUUUUCAGCUAAAGAAACAAUCACGAUUACCCAGUGGAAAAGCAAAUUCACUGAAAAAGAAAGGACACACAUAGCCGUUACUUUUGCCGUGUGCUGAUGUGAUCAAAGGAAAAUUUGCCCUGUGAAUGCACAAACCUCAGUCAAACAAGAUGGUGUCACUCUGGUCUCUGGUUGGUACAAAAAAAUUGAGAUACUACUAAUAAUUAAGUAAAACCCAUCACACUGGA